AUGAUCUAUUUAGUAUUAACAGGUAGGCACAAAACUAAUCACGAGUUCAAGCACAAAUCUCAUUUAGUAGUAUCUAAUAAUGUUCUUCAAUAACUAUUGAAUGUAAGAUUCGAGGAAGUAGUGCGUUAAUAUUGAUUCAAAUUUAUGUAGGUACAGAAGUACCUACCUAAACCAAACAAUAUUACAUACGAACCUCAAUCGUGGGAUAUACAUAUUUCUUUUAUGCAUGAUGUGCAUGACUUAAAUUGAGAUGUCUCUCGUUAUUUUAGAAAAUAAAAAUACUUACCUGAAUAACAGUGGUUUAAAACAAGUAAAUUAUUUUACUAAAUUUUGAAACAUAACCUAAGGUACUUAUAAAAUUAUUUAAGAUGUCCAAGAUAUUUAAGGAAUACGUAUAGGUACCUAAUUAUAAUUUAUAUUAUAUAAUAAUGCCAUUCGGGCCGCUCUUUUACUUAUCAAUAGUUUCAACGAUUCUAAUUUCAAAGUGAGAAUUUUAAUUUUAAAUUAAGACAGUUGAUUUGAUUCGAUUCGUGAUCGACGCUGUGGUUUUUAUAUAGAUUUUUAGUGUUUUUAUAUUCACCACUAGAGUGAAGUACUAUCGAAUAUUAUUCUAUAACCAUAACCGCGGUAGUCAACAAAAAUAAUGUUAUCAAAGUUCACUAAUCUCGAUAGAGAAUAGAGAUCGCACACAGACUCGGCCUAGGUAGGUGUUGAUUUUUGGUUAGUAAAAUUGUAAUUUAUUCCUCAUUCUGUUUUCGGUAUUCCUUCCAUUGAAUUGUGCUCACUAGAAUUUUAGUCCGUCAUAAGCUAUUAGUUCGUCCAAUUUAAAACUGUUAUUGAAUAGUAUAAUUUCCAACCCGCAGGAUAUAUAAACAUUAAACAUAAGGUUAGUAUAAUUUUGAAUCUACUUUAAUACCAAUACCUUUUAAAGUGUAUAAUAGCAAAAUUAAUCAUUACACCUAUAUUUGUAUAAUAUUGUAUAUUAAUUAGACUUUCUAUUAAUAUGAAUAACUAAAACUGGAUAUGAAAUUAUUUUUAUUUGUUCAACUAACUUUGCCAUGUUAAAUAACUGUGUCAAAACAAUAGUUUAAUCAAUACAAAUAUUUAAACUUAACAAUAUUUAUCAUAUUUGUUACAUAUUAUUAUAUUUUAUGUAUACAAAAUGUUUGUAGUCAUCAAAUAAUAGGUGUUUGGUCAAGCCAAACAGUACUUUUAAAUUUCCACAAAAAAAAAAAUAAGUAGGUAUCUGUAUUUCUUUUAUUAUCUAUAAAACUCAUAAUAAGAACAUAAUUAUAAAUACUAAUUACUAUAAUAUUUAAUUGGUUUUAACAAUAAUGUAAACUUCUUCAAUUAUUGGCUAUUGCCGUGAAAAUACAAACUGUUAUAUUUCAUGUUUACUGAAUAUUGUUUUAGAUAUACAGUUACUAAUUUACAAUAGUAAACAAUAAUAGUUUACUCUUAAGAAUGAAACUAUUAAAAAGAAAUAUAUAAUAUGACCAUGGCAUUCAAGAGUAUAUAAUUACCUAGUCUCUUUAGAUAAAUGUUCAAAUAUAGUAUUGAUUUUGAUAUAAAUCUAGUUUAUCAUCCUUCGCAUUGUCAACACAUGAAUUUUUGGACACUAAAUACCAUGGUGUAGUCAAAAUUUUAUAGUCAGACUUAUUUUAGAAACUAUAGCACUUCAAAGUUGGAUAUUAUGAUAUAAUGCAACUGCGUAGCGACUAGUGAGGUUUUGGUUUACAUUUAGAAUAUUUUACUCCCUAGUCCUUAUAGUAGUAUUAAGUUAGAAAUGUAAGUUAGGCACUCAUAGGGACAUACAGUUUUUAAAUCACUAAUUAUAAGUUCUUAAAUAAUAGUGUCCAAAAAUUCUGUCCCCAUUAUCAUCUUCAACAUUGAACUACGUCUUAUUGUAAUUAAUAUAAUGUCAAUAUUACUUUUUAAAUUUUUUUUUCUUGCAUAACUUAUUUUAUAUUGAUUUCCUCAAAAAUACAAAUAUUUAAAAAAUUAUUGCCGAAUAACAUAACUUAAAAAAAAAAAAGAAUAUACCAAUUGUAAGAUGUACAAUUAGAUUUAUUCUCGUUAUUUAAUUAAGUUAAAAUAUAGAAUAAAUUUACUUAUCUGUGCAUUUUUAAUAAUUUGCUCUAAUGUCAAAUCAUAAUUUAUACCUAUUAUAUAAUCUAUAAUGAUGCAUAAUAUUGCAUAAUAAUAGUAAAAGAAAAAAUUGAUUAUCAUUUAUCAGGGUAAUUGAAUAUUAUGUUUAAAAUGGGCUGAUAAAAAAAUUAAUAGCAAUGCAUUUUAAUUAUGGGUACAUGAGUAUGAAUUAAUUAUUAGACACCACAAUUGUCUAAGUUUUAAUGUUAUAUUUUAUUACAGUAAAAUAAUUGUUUGAAUAUUUUAUAUUUUUACGUACAGAAUUUAGAAUUACAACAAAUAUUCAUAAAUGCCUAUUAUUAUUGUCAUUGUCUAUAGACAUGAGUCAAGUAUGUAUAUAUAGGUAUUUAAUUUUUUUAAAUUGGAAUUAUGCCAUAUUUUUUUACACAAUAUUAUUAUUAUCUUUACUUUUUAGCACAGGUUCUAAAAAAUCUAAAUUGUAGUGAGUUAUAUUUUUGUUUUCUGAAAUUUAAAACAAAAAUAUAUCAGGGGAUUUAAUAUUUUUUACUAAUGGUCACACUGAUUUUAUCCUGGCGUCUAUCAACUUAUUAAUCGUAUCAAUGAUUCAGGUUUCUAGUCCUUGUAAUAUUUAUUUUCUCCUUAAAAUUUCCUUUGCAGUUUGUAUGCUUGAUGUUUACACUUUUAAUUUUGUAGUUUUUCCUGAUUGAUAAUGACUGCAUGCUGUGUAGCCUAAGUGUUAAACGUAAAACUGUUGAAUGCUAUAUUUUAUCCAAGUUAAAGACCGUAAUUGAUUAUUCAAUUUUAUUUACUUGUGUUUAAUUCCAUUUAGGUUACAAUGGAAAAUACACAGCAAAGUCCUAAUGGAUCAAAUUUCAAUGAUUACAAUGAUGUCAACUUGACAAUUAGGAUUCUAUUUCACGGCCGUGUAAGUAUUAAAACUAAUUUUAUAUCUUUUAGUAAUUUCAAAUAUUGGGUAUUUAUCACAUUACAUAUUUAUAAUAAUAUUGUAUUGUCUGGAAUAUUAAGCACGUAUCAUUUUCUUGGUUUUAAUUUAAAUGUUAUUGUUCUAUCUAUAGCUAUCUGAUUUUCUGAUUAAACAUUUGAAGUAUUAUUUGAAAAAUGUUAAUUCUUUAACUUUCAAAAAUGUACACAUUUGUGGGUUCAGUGUAAAACUGCUUUUAAGAAAAAUUUUAAGACCCAUACUUAUAACUUUUAAAUUAGUCUUCAGUCUAACAUGAGAAAAUACUGAGAAUAAAUACAGAACUAAAGAAAAGGCUAAUGUAUUUCUGAGGAAAUGCAUCUAGGUGAAACAUGGGUUACGUCUUAAGGGGCCCACAAAUUUUUAUACUUUUUAUUUCUCAUUUCUCAUCCAUUUAUAUAAAACACUUAAUAAAAACCCACAUAUUCUAGAUAACCGCUCAAUUAAUUAAUAUUCUCACUUAUCUUCUAUUGUCACUUUCUCAGUAGAGGUGUGUAUCUGAAGGAUUAAACGGUUUAUCUACAACCCACGGUAAAAGCAAUUUAAGUAAUCCAUUAUUGUUAUUAAUAAAUAAAUCACUUUUAGAAGAAACUUUCCCUAUAGUUUGAAAGUAAGGUGGAUCAUGACAAUCUUCAAGGGAAUCUGUAGAUCCCACUGAUAUUUAUUAUUAAUUACUGUACUAUUUCAGAAUUGCUUCUUAUUAGGAAGCUUUUUGAACUGGUUCUUUUUGAAAAUUUAUAAAAACAAUGUACCUAUAUCAGUACUAUCCAUGGAUCAACACGGUUUCACCCCUAGACAUUCAAUCGUCACUAAUAUAAUAGAUUUCUUCCCUACGUUUUUGAUACAUUUGAAUCCUAUCAUCACGCAAAUAUUGUAGAUAAGGACUUUAUCACUAUUAUAAAGUGAUCAUUAUAAUAGGCCAUAAUAUAUUAAUCCUUAUAUUGAACAAAUUGAGAGUAGUAUAUCUGCUAUUAUCAUACAAAUCACGUUAAUAGAAUCAGUUUUGAUUAUUUAAUUCAUAAUAAUGAUUGUCUACCUUGUGUAGAAUAAGUGGAAGACUUAUGGUUAAAAGUAGUGCCAUCUUUUAAUAAUUGUAUUGAAUUUAUUACUUGUAAAGCUUUAUGUACCCUAUAUUUUAUUUAUUGCAUUGCAUCAAAAUUUGAUGCAAUGCAAUUGACCAAUUACAUUAAAAAGUUAUACACUUGAUUAGUGUAAUUGAUCUUAGAAUAUGAACCUUUGAUAUUUUGUUUCCUUUAUAAUAAAAAGACACAUUUUAUAAUUAACUUAGUUUGUGGUAAUAUUUAUGCUCUCAUUUCAUUUACCAAGGCUUUGAUUAAAAAAAAUACAAUUUUCGAAAUCAGCACUCGUAAAACCAAUUAUUUAUGUAAUAAAGAACAGUGCAUCUAAUUAAUUUGGACACCCAGUCUACUAGACUUAUAGUUUUAAUAAUAAUUUACAUUUAAGGAUGAAUCUUGGGACAGACCCACACAAUUAGUUUCUACGUUAAUUUGAUAUAUAUUUACUCUAAAUGUAUUUUACCUAAAAUAUCUUUGAUAUCUUUGUAAAAUUACUGUCAGACAUUGAAAUUAUAAAUAAAAUGAAAUAAUUUUAUCAUCAAAAAUCUACAGCUUAGAAAAUUAAUUGUCAUUGUUGAACUUAGGAAAUAUUUUUUUUUACUAUUAUUUUCAUUAUUUCCUAACAUUCUAUUCAUUUUUUUUUUUUUUUUUGUCUAACCAACCUUUUGUUUAGGUAUAAGUGUUUGUGUAGUAAUAUUUUUAAUUGAUUUUCUAUAAAAUGUUAUACAAAUUUAGGAAACUAAGUAUUAAGUGGUUUAUUCAAAUUAAAAAUGAUAACUGAUAUGCAUACUUAGAUAUUUUUUUAUCAAUAAAAGUAUUGAAACGUGUUUUUUUUUUCUAGGAAGUUGGAAAUGUGAUUGGUAAAGGAGGAGAAACUGUAAAAAAUAUAAGAGAUCAGGUAGAUUAUAAUUACCAUUUUCUAAUUCUUUUGUAAUGAUGCAAAAUAUCAAUUUAUAUUUGAAUAGUCUGGAGCACGAGUUUUAAUCUCCGAUGGAUCAACUCCAGAACGUAUUGUUAGUAUUACUGGAACUACAAAUGCUAUUUGUAAAGCUACCGAACUUAUUGGACUAAAAGUUGAAGAAGUAAAUUUUGGAAUAAAAAAUUAUGACUAUAUUUUUUUAAACGUUCUCCGUUUAUUUAUAUAUUUUUUUAGUUUUUUGAAAGACAAAAUGGUGAUUGGAACGGUCCAAAAGCUCCAUUAACAUUCAAGCUAAUAGUACCAGCAUCUCAAUGUGGUUUCAUAAUUGGUAAAGGUGGAUGUAAAAUUAAAGAAAUUAGAGAGUCAAGUGGAGCUGCCAUACAAGUAGCUUCAGAUAUGCUCCCUAAUUCAACUGAACGGCUUGUUUCAAUUACUGGUACCACAGGUACAAUAUCACAAUGUGUUUAUCAAGUGUGUAAUGUGCUGUUAGAUGUAAGUUAAUAUGAAACAUUUUAUUAUUAUUAAAUUAAAUUUUGGAUAAUAUGUGUAAUAUGUUUUAAAAAUAUUUUCAGUCUCCACCUCGUAGUGCAACUAUCCCUUAUGACCCGCGUAGUAAAGCUUCUGGAUUUGCUAGUAGUGCAGUUGGUAAUGAGGUGAGUUGGACAAUUAAAACUUAAUAAUAGCAUAUAUUUAAAUAUUAAAACACCUAUUUUAUCACAUUAGUUUGGAAGACAACGCACUAAUCCUUUGGCUAGUCUAGCAGCUCUAGGGUUGGGAACUGCUUCUACUGGAGGUAUCAAUCCUGCUGGUAUGUACUCGUAUUCUUUUAAAAUUCAAACAAGUAAACAAAUUGUUAAAAAUUGAAUAAAUUCACUUAUGGUUAUUAUAUUUAAAUUAAAAUUAAUUAUUUUGUAGUUUAGAAUGUAUUGUACAAUUGUCAUAUAAAUUAUAACAUUUAAAAUCCAAAAAUUGUUCUGUUAAUGUUAAUAUUUUAUUAUUUAUUUUAUGUUGCUACUGAAAUAAAUACUUAAAUACUUAAAUGAAUAAUUAAUAAAAUUACUAUUUAGCAUUGGCUGCAUUAGCUGGAAGUCAGUUGAGAACAGGUAAUCGUCAAAAUAGAAAUGGUGGUGGAGAUCACAAAAAUCAAAAUUCAAAUUCAAAUUCUGAGACUAUAUCAAUGACAGUACCAAAUGACUUGAUUGGUUGUGUCAUUGGUAGGAGAGGAAGCAAAAUAGCUGAAAUUCGGUAAGUUUUGACUUACUUCAUAUGAUUUAAUACCAUAUCUUUUCAUAUUGAUUAAUAUAGUCUACAGUUUUUAAUGAGAAUAUGAGAUAUCAGUGUUUAAUUUUCUAUUAAAUAUUAUUAAUUGUUAUUGUUUAUAAUUCUGUGAAAUAUCUAAUUGUCUAAGAAAUAAUUACAAAAAAAGUAAUAAAAUUAUAAAAACUUCCCAUUAAAUUUAUAAAGUUCCAUUCGUAUUAUACAUUAUGUAUAAAAUUAAUUGAUAUCAUUUUAAAAUAAUUGUUGAAUUAAACUUAUAUAAUGUAUAUACAUUUUGUGUAGACAAAUAAGUGGUGCUUUAGUACAUAUUGCUAAAGGUGAUGGAACACAUGAAAAUGGUGAGAACGAAGAUCGGCAUAUAACAAUUACAGGAAACAAAGAUUCUAUUUCAGUUGCCAAGUACUUGAUUGAAAUGAGGUACAACUUAAUAAUCACUAAAGAUAGUAUUUGUGGGAUCAUAGUUAAGAAUGAAUCCUAGUGUUGUUACCAUUAAAUCCCUCUUAUUGAAUUAUUUUGUCCUUUUUUCAUCACUAAUCCCAAUUUCUUCUCUAGUGUGGAACUGCAGAAAGCCAAUCUUGAGGGGGCUAAUCCAUCCUCUAGUCCUGAUGAUGGGUCCAGCUCAACCUUGCCCACUCCUCCGACGGUGGCUGCAUCUCCUUUGUCGUCCGCCAUUCCAUUGGCUCAACUAUUUGCCAAGCCGGGCGCCAUUAAUGCCCUAUCCAGCUUAUCAGCUCUUGGUGGCUUAACUGACCUCUUGGGAGCCCUAUCUGGCGCCAAUCAAUCCCCUCCGAUACAGACCACGGGUGUUCAUCGCCCGAAAAAUUAUUUUCAGAGAAACCGCAGCCCUUCAGGCGACAAAACCAAAACGGAAAGGGCCAAGUUUGCUCCUUACUGAAUGCUUGUUAAUCCCGAAUCCGCCAAUUAUUUCUGUUUAUAUUAGUCUUUAAUCCUACCCAUCUAUUCAUUUUCUCUUUUUUUAAAUAAUUAUUAUCGAUAUAUUAUUAUUUAACUUAAUUAUUCAUUAAGCCGUUUAUCCAAGUUUAAAGGUUGAACAAGUUCUCUUGUUUUAUUUGACAUCCAUUAACUUUUAAUAUUAAUUUAACAUAAUUUUAUUUGAGAAAUAAAAAUACUUUACAUAUUUCUUUAAUGGGUGGAAUUAUUGCAUUUUAAAGUUAUAGUAAAUAUAUAUUGUAUCGUAUCCAAUUUAUAAUAUUUCACUUAAUAGUUUUAGAUUGUUUCCAUUGCCUAGCCUAUGUUUUUAGUUCUUAUAUUAUAUUUAUGUAGAUAUUAUGAAUAAUAUAUCUUGUAUUCCUUAUUUUAUUUAAUAUUCAAUUUUAAUUUAUCUCCAUGAAGUCUAAUAAAUAAAAUCAGAUCGGUUUACUUUUGUUGAUACUGUUUUAUCUACAACUAGUAGUGUACUUUUGAUUUUAAGCUCAAAUUUUUAUAUAUGUAUGAUAUUAAUUAGAAAAUGCACAAAAGUGAUUCAAUAUUAAAAUGUGUUAUCUACAGGAAUAAUAAUUUUUCUAAAAUAUUAAGUAUAAUCUUUUUAUAACCAAUGUACAAUUUCUCAACACAUUAUUAAAACUGAAAAUAUCUCAGGUUUUUAAAAUAUAUGCACUAUUUCAAGGAUUUCAUAACAUUCGUACUGUUUGUUGAUAGGUUUUCUAUUAUGAACAUGUUAUUAUGAUGUAACAAAAUAUUUUUUUUAAAUAUUAUAAGUGCACUAUAGUACACAAUUUAUUUGCUUUAUUUGUCUAUCCUAUUCUUAAAAUAAAUAAUAAAUCUUGUAUUUUUUUAGUUCUGAGAUCCAAAAUCUUUUAACUUGGUUCAAAAAAUAAUAAAAAAUGAUUUGCCAAAAAUUAAUUUAACAAUUGUAUACAUUUUUAUUUUAAUAAUGAUAAGUUUUAAGAGGUUUAUUGAGUUUUUUUUUUUUUAGUAGGUAUUUUUGUAUAAUUUCUCUCAGAAAAUUUAUUUUAAGUAAAUAUAAAUAAAAAUAUAGAAAAUUUGAUUUAUUAGUAUGGGAUUUAAUUUAUGUAUGUAUUUCCCACCACUUUUGGACAUUUCCAGGGGUUUUCUGUGAACUACAUGAGCCCAAACCUAAGAAUUGUAGUGGUUUUAUUGGGUGAAUUAAGUGUUAAAAGUUAAGGUAUUUUUUUUAGUAUUGAAUGUCCUAAAAAUGAAGUUAGAUGGAUGGAUACAAUUUUGCAUAUGUAUUAACAAUGGAUAAGUCUUACUGGGGUUAACUUUUUUUAUACUAAAAUGUCAUCAUUAUUAUUACAUUUUAUUUUUUUUGGAAAUAGUAUAUUAGACAGAAUUGUAAUUAAUGAUGUGACAAAUUCAUAUUGUAACGCCUGAAUUUCUAGCUUAAAAUACUUUUAAUUUUUUGUUUUUUAAUUUACUAUAUAUAUUUAUGUAUUUUAAAUAUUUAAAAAGUGUGUAUUAAAUGAUUUUUAUCAAAAAAAAGAAUUGCUUAAGACAUAUUCCAAAAAUUUGGAUUAUUAAACUUCUAAUUUUUCCCAUCAUUAAUUACUGCAAUAUUACUAAUAUACAUUAUAUAUUUUUAUUAUUUUAAAAUAAAUAAUAUACAAAAAGGGGGGAUUCAUCUCUUAAUAACAAAGAUCUGUUACACGUGGGUGUUUUUUUUUCUGUAUAACUGCACUGAAUCAUUAUUUUCAGAAAUAGAACAAUUAGUUAUCUUCUUUUUACAGAAUUUAUUAAAAAGACAAAAAACAUUUUAAAUAAUUAUCAAAUGUUUAAUUUUAUCACUUAAUUGUAUCAACUUAGAAUAGAUGUCUAAUAUUUUAUAACCAGUACAAGUUUAAAUAUUGAUUUUGCAAUAAAAUAAAGUAAGGCUCUAUUAGUUUAUUGAGAAGAGUUAUCUUUGUUACAAUUUUAUAAUAAAUGGUUACAGUAAAUUUAAUAUAGUAGCCCUUCAAACUAAAUUUUAAUUUUAAAUACUCGAAAGAGUAAAAAUAAUACAUUUUAGAUUAUGUGAUAGUUUGAAAAACACAUUCAUUUUAUGAAAUUAUUAAUUCAUAAUAUGAUUGUAGUUUUUUUUUUUAUUUAUUUGUAAUAAAUGUAUUAUUUACUAAAUUAUGACUUCAAUUUGUCCUCUAUUUCAUUUCAUGGUCUAUAUACUAUACUCUAUACUUAAACAACAUAGACUAUUAAAUUGUAAGUUAUUUUAUAUCUUCUAUUAAACUUGUUUUAUUUAAUGUACAAAUAAUUAUCAUCAAAUCCUUGAUAAAUCAAUGUUAUAACCUUUAGCUACAAAAAAAAGCUAUUUUUUCUUUCCUGACCAAAAAAAAUAAAUCGAUCAAGAUAAGUGUACACUCUUACAGGCACUCAAUGGGUAAUUUAAAAUGUUUAUUUAAAUUCUAUGCUUAAAUUGUUUAUAAUUUCAUUACUUUCCUUUUCUGUUUAUUUUUGUUUUUUUUUUUUCUAUUCAGUAAUUUAAUCUAUAUUAAUAAUUUAUAAACAGUUUUAGAUUUCUAUUUCUAUUGACACUAACUAAUAUUUUUAUUUAUUUUUAGAAAUAUGGGCUGAUCCAAUGAUGUGUUAUCAGUUCAUAACUCCGAAAUGUAAGUAUAGAUGAUAAUAUUAUCUAUUUAAUAUUUAAUUAAUUGUGUAUAUUUUCCAAAUUAUAUCAAAGAAGUGCAAACUUAAAAACAAAUAAUCCAAUAUAAAUGUUUAACUUAUAUCUAUCCUAAAAAUUUUAUGGAUUUUAAUGCUUUUGUUAUUUUUCAUUCAUAAUUUGAUGUUUUACCACUUUCUGUCUAUACA